AUGGCCCAAUACGUGCCUUGGUAUCUGAAACGGUCACCACCGGUCUUUUGCUGGCCUUGUUUGCCAGUCUACACUGGCAUAUGGCCUGGCCGAAAAUGUGUUCUGAUAAUCGGAGGGUGUUUGUUUGCCAUCGGUAUUAUGAUCUUGUUAUGCCUACUUCUCCUUUGUAUUGCAAUUGAAUGUGCGGCUGUGUAAGUUUACUCAGGUUCUUCAUUACGCAGAACUUUAACUCAACUUGAUUUUUGUAUACAAGGUGUCUCAAGACAUUCCGCCGAAAGUUUUUUUCGAUUUCUUAACGCUCAUCCAAGAUAUCCAAAAAAAAUCUUUUUGCAGUAGAAGAAAAAAGAUGGGCGGUUUUUUGCCUAAAAAAAGAUUUUUCUCCGCCGACACGGAAAGUACUGUAUUCGGCGGAGACUUUCAGUCGUUUUUUGGUCAUCACACCAAUCUUAAACGCUUUAUUAUGAUGCUGAAACAAAUUUCAAAAUUCUUGCACGGUGCAUCAGAAGGCCGGCGACAGCGUUUAGCGACAGUCGUUACAACUCCGAUAAAGUCCGAGCGCACGGUACGGGAAUUUGAAAAAGAAGGGCAAAGAGAAAUUUGAACGAAGAAUACAUAUUCUGUCGUUUUUUGGUGCAUCAAGUGGUUCGCCGAUAGUUGAACUUCUGCCAAGGCUUUAUUGGAGGGUAUACGAUACCAGCAGAAAAUGCUGGCCAAACCAUGAAAAUUGUGUUGGUCCAUUUCUUGCCCGCAGUCUUUUCAACCACCAGAAAUCACAAUAAAGAGUGUAAGAUUUGUGUGAUGACCAAAAAAGCGAUUAAAAGUCUUCGCCGAAUACACUACUUUCCGCGGCGUCGCGACACUUGCGGGCAACCACUUUGCGGGCAACCGACACUUGCGGGCAGCCGACAUUUGCGGGCAACCGGCACCUGAGGGUAACAGGGUGGAGGUGGAAAUAUUACUGCGAUAUUUUGGAAAUUUGCCGACAUUUGCGGGCAGCCGACACUUGCGGGCAGCCGACAUUUGCGGGCAACAGGAAAAAACAAUCACACAGACUGUAUUGGUACUUUUGGAACUGUUGCCCGCAAAUGUCGGCUUCCCGCAAGUAUUGCCUGCCCGCAAAUGUCGGAAAACUUCAAAAAUAUCGAAGAAAUUUUUUCACCUCUACCUUGUUAUCAUCAAGUGCAGGUCGCCCGCAAAUGUCGGCUGCCCGCAAAUGUCGGCAAAUUUCCAAAAUAUCAUAGUAAUUUUUCCACGUCCACCCUGUUACCUCUACAAUCAGGUGUUGGUUGCCCGCAAAUCUUCCAGGCUGCCCGCAACUGUCGACCCUGCCCGCAAAUGUCCCAGGCUGCCCGCAAAUGCCGGUGCUGGCCGCAAAUGUCGGCUGCCCGCAAAGUGGCUGCCCGCAAAAAAUUUGCCCGCAAACUGGUUGCCCGCAAAGUGGUUGCCCGCAAAGUGGUUGCCCGCAAGUGUGCGCCCGCCCUUUCCGCGUCGGCGGAGAAAAAAAUUUUCAGUCAAAAACCGUCCACCUUCUUUCUACUUCAAAUAAAAUUUUUUUGGAUAUCUUUGCUCAGCGCCAAGAAGUCGACAAAAACUUUCCGCUGAAUUUCUUGAGACAACUUGUAUAAUUGCGCCUUCAGAUCGGCUGGGCUUCUUCCGUUGGCUAUCAUCCUGAUCUUGGUCGGUAUCCUUUUGUUCCACUGUGGCUGGGCAGCCAAUCUUUUGGACUAUGGCGGAAAAGUCCCCACUGAGUAAGAUUGGAUCAUAUUCGAAAAGGGUAUAUAAAUAAAUUAAUUCAUUUUGUUUUAAGUGAAAUUUAUCAUAAGAGGACGACUCGUGGUGUAAGUGAGGCGGAUGAUGAUGGUGAAGACGAUGAAGAAUUGGUUGGUGUGGAGAAAUUGGAACCUCAACAGCCUCAGCAACCAAUCAGACAAGGAUUCUGGCAGUUCGAACAGACCGAUUCUUGGCAAAACGUCACGAACCCUUAUCCUAUCCAGUAAGCAAUCAAGCUAUUUUUAAUUCUUAUAUUAUAACUUUAAAUUUACCUUUAGAUUUUUACUUUUUUUCUUUAGGCACACAUUGAAACCCGUUCUCGAUCGUGAGCCCUACGUUUAAACGUUUUCCUCCCAGCUCUUGUUGUUACACUGCCAUUUCUCGUAAAAAGUUUUAAGUUCGCAAUUCACAUCUAUUGUAAAUACCUUUGGUGACUAUGAAUUUUUACCUUUUUGUAGGAACAGUGCCAUACAAGCUUCAUACACUCUCAGUUAGAGUGCAAAUGGAUAAUAAUCAAAAAAUAUCGAAAAAAUUUGGAUAUGAAAUUAAAAUCUACCUAUUUUCUUAAAACAACGUCGGAACCCGAAACUUUUUAACGAUAAAUGGUUUACAUUUAGUUGCGGAAAAAUCAAUUGUGACAUUUCGUACUUUCUAAGGGUCCAUUUUUUCGGGAUAAAUUUAUUGCUAACAAGCAGGGGUGGUCAGUGGGCCGGCCCGGCCCAAACGGGCCGGCCGGGCUCAAAAAUGGAAAAUUACAAACGGGCCGGGCCCGUCACGGGCCGGGCCGGGCCGCGGGCCUGGGGUUUUUUCCGGCCCGGCCCGGCCCGUCUAAAUUACAAUGCCAAACCGUUGGCAUUCAUUGUUUUCGCGCCGGGAAAAUUAAUUGAUGUUGUUAUAGUUGCUGUUUCUCAAGUUCUAAAACGUUUACAAGUUUAUAGUUCCAUUAUAGAACCACAAAACUAUCACAUUGAUCCUUUACUAGCUAGAUCAAUGCCUUUUUUGCCUCGGUUUAGAUCCCGAGCCUGGGCGCAGUUCGCAGAGCCCUCUAUAGACGGGCCUGCACGGGCCGGGCCGGGCCUGGAAAAAGACUAGACGGGCCGGGCCGGUAAUUAGACGGGCCGGGCCGCGGGCCGAAAAUCGGAAAAAUAGGGUCCGCUGACCACCCCUGCUAACAAGGGAUCGGCAUUUACGUGCCACCAGGUUUAUUAACGGAAACUAUAUAAUUUGACAGGUCAUUAAAAAUAGUCACAUCGCAAAGAUAUUAGCUGCCGAAUUUGCCUUCGGGCAAAGUUAUGGCCAAAAUGUCUUUGUGUCCGCUUGGCCAAGUGGUAGUGACUCCACGUCCGGCGCAGCAGGUUCCGGGUUCGAACGCCGGCCCGUCUUUUUUACCUUUCUGCUCUUAUAUGCCGUAAAACCAAAGUAUAUUCUCACAAAUUACCAUUUUAUGGUAAUUUGUGUUCCUUUCGGCCGAAAUCCAUAUUUUUGAAGCUUUUGGUCUUUUUUGAAACAACCAUAAAUUUGAUGUUAAUGAGAUGUAAGGAUGCCAUUGUCAUAUAAUAAAAUGGUUUUCGCGAAGUCUUGACCGACUGGCCGAGAAUUUAAAAUUAAUCGCAUGUGACCCCUUUUAAAGGGGUCACAUCUAAGCCCUAAGGAAAAUUAGGCAGCUAAUUGUUUGCAUUGUAAACGAUUUUUAAUGCUUCAAAUGAUAUAGGUUUCAUUACCUGGUGGCAAGUACUUCAGGGUUCAGAAAAUUGGGAAUUUCACCUACGAAGAAUAGAGGCGACCCAUAGUAUCGUUGACCGGAAAAGUCGUAGCGCCAAAUCAUCUUUUAUCUUUUCUGGGGACAGAGGCACUUUUCUAAAACGUUCUUUUCUGGGCAAAAAAUUUAAUUUCCCUAAAUUUACAAUAAAUCGAUUGUCAAAGGAUGUAAAUCUUAGCUUAAACCCUGUUCUUGCUGUUUUUCAUUACGACUUAAAAUCUGAAUAUAAUAAAAUAUGCAGAAACAGCGAAGAAUUUGCCAUCUCUAAAGUAGAAGGAAGAGGGGAGCGGGCAAAGGGAAUGGAGUGUGUUUGAAAGCAGCAGGGCGAGCCGGCGUGGGGAGCGGGGUGUGGAGGGGAGAGAAAGAACGCAUCGCUCACUUUCAGGGCUGCCUCCACCCCCCUUCCUCGCUUUCCGCCGCCAUUCGUGUGAUUGGUCCCACUGCUUCGACCCUUCAACCAAUCGUCUUGUUGUUCUCGUAAUCUUCAGCGAAUUGUCUAGGGUCGAGAACGGAACGCCUGGCCCGGCAACUUAUCCAAUAAUGUAGGUUUAUAACUCCUAAUCUCCUCCCCCUGGGCGUGUACUUGAAUUUCAUUGGUAUUGUUUGUUUUGUGGUCGGACGUGAAGAGUGGCUAGUAGUCCACGAAUGACCGCUCUGUCUUUUCCAGGAAUGCCCACUAUGAAAGUGCCCAUCCUUCUACUUCCUCCACAAUGACAACAGGAAGGUUUGUUGCAGUUUCUUCAGAUGAGCCGAAAGCAAAGAAAAUGAAACAGGAGAGCAUGGUACAGCAAUAUCAUUCUUUGAUCACUGUUCCCGACACUUGUAUGGAUAAUCAACCUCAAUUCGUGUUCGCCAUGUCAAGCCCGGAUCAACAAUAUCAGGUUUUUAUUUAUUUUAACGUUUUUUCGAUUUAGUUAAUCUAUUAACGUUUCGUGAAAAAGCUGUUGUAAGUGCUCCAUAUAAUUUGAGCGGUACAACUAAUCAAUUAAAUACUGUCAGUGGCUUUAAGUUAUCUGAACCUAACUCUAAAGGUUUUUUGACAACUGUUUUUAGCAAGUGCAACUCAUAGAGCUUCCCGAGGGCUGUCACUUGCCCGGAAUGGAUGGAAUGGCACCAUUUACUGGUCAUGAUAAGAUGCAAGUGGUAGUUCCUCACGAGAAUCAACCCUUCAGGCUGGUCUUCACUAACGGUAGUUCUUUUCCAACCGUUACGACGUCUCCUGUAGUAUCUAAUGUUGAGAAGAAGGAAGACGACAGCCCGAUUUGUGUAAAUCCUAAGCAAUAUCACAGGAUUAUGAAACGACGAGCAAUCAGAGCCAAGUUGGAGAUGGAAGGGAGGAUACCGAAAGAGCGAAGGGUAAGUUUAAAUUUUUUUAUUAGUACUGGGAUAUAAGUAUAAGCGAAUAUAAAAAUUUUUUGCAGAAAUAUCUACACGAAUCUCGCCAUAAUCACGCUGUGAAAAGGGUCCGAGGGGAAGGCGGAAAGUUCAAUAGCGGUAAUAAUGGCGGCAAAAGGCCCGAUUCAAAUGCGAGCUCAGGGAAUGAAAGUACAACCUCACCAAAAAAAUCUCAAAUCAAUGAUCUCGGUUCUAAUGGUAACCACUAA